UUUGUUUACGGGUUUUUUGUUUAACUUAGAAGGAUUUUCUGGUAUAAUUUGUUAUAAUUCAUUUCACCUGAAGACUUGGACUCCUCAUAUUGACGCCUUAAACAUGUACGCUGGACGAAAAAAGAAGAAACCAGUGCAAAGGACGGUGAAGCAGCCUCCAGCUGAAGGGGUGAAGUCCAACCCGUCCAAACGCCAUCGAGAUCGGUUAAACUCUGAGUUGGACCGGUUGUCUAGUCUUCUUCCGUUUCCAGAGGAGGUGACGAGCAGCUUGGACAAACUCUCCAUCUUGCGUCUGAGUGUCAGUUACCUGCGCGCUAAGAACUUCUUCUCUGUCACUCUGAAAAACCACAACUGCAAUGGUUUGUCGUCAAACAACAGUAACCACGACAACAGUAAAGCAACAGGAUUGGUUGAUGGCUGUCUGCGAGAGGGAGAGCUCCUGCUACAGGCUCUCAAUGGCUUUGUGUUGGUGGUCACAGCCGAGGGGAUCAUUUUCUACUGUUCUCACACAAUUCAGGAUUACUUAGGAUUUCACCAGACGGAUGUAAUGCAUCAAAACGUGUUUGAACUCAUUCAUACUGAGGACCAGCAGGCCUUCAGGCGCAAUUUACACUGGGCCUUGAACCCGCCACCAGCCAGCACGCAGACAGAAGACUCAUCAGAAGAUGGAGAUCCUGCCCCAAAUAUGUCUCUUGUGAUGUGCAACCCAGACCAGCUGCCUCCCGAAAACUCUUCUUUCCUGGAGAGAAACUUUGUGUGUCGUUUCCGAUGCCUCCUAGACAAUUCCUCAGGAUUCCUGGCCUUGAAUCUUCUAGGACGUCUGAAAUUCCUGCAUGGGCAAAACAGGCGAUUGGAUGAUGGAGGCCAAAUGCCACCCCAGCUUGCCCUGUUUGCCAUUGCGACGCCCCUACAGCCUCCUUCCAUAAUGGAGAUUCGAACCAAGAACAUGAUAUUCAGAACCAAACACAAGUUGGAUUUCACCCCAAUGGCCUGCGAUGCAAAGGGUAAAAUCGUUCUUGGCUACACAGAGGCGGAACUUCGAGUUCGAGGUUCAGGGUACCAGUUCAUCCAUGCAGCUGAUAUGCUCUACUGUGCCGAGAACCAUGUCAGGAUGAUCAAGACUGGAGAGAGUGGUCUGACUGUUUUUAGACUGCUUACUAAGGACAAUCGUUGGAAAUGGGUACAAGCUAAUGCUAGACUUGUCUAUAAAAACGGCAAGCCUGACUACAUCAUCGCCACCCAGAGGCCACUUGUAGAAGAAGAGGGUGGAGAGCACCUGAGGAAACGAUCUAUGCAUCUUCCGUUCACUUUUGCUACUGGAGAAGCUCUGCUGUACCAAAUCAACUACCCCAUGCUAGGCUUCCCCGACACCCUUCAGGACAAAGGCAAGAACAACAAAACCAAAAAGAGCAAGGUGAACAAAAGCUCAAAAGAUGAUCUGGAUCCAAGUUCCUUAUUGGGAGCCAUGAUGCGACAGGAUGAGUCCGUUUAUGUUUGUCAGCCUGCUAUGGAGCCUAGAAUGUCAUUCCACAGUAGCCUCUUCGGUGAGCAAGGAGAGACUAGCACUUUCUCUUCUUCUGCAGAAAAUGAAAGUUGGAAUCCAGUGCAGAAUGGUUUAACUGCAGUCUCCAAACAGGAGACGUCAAGUUUUGACCCACUUUUGGCAACAUUAGACUCUCUCUCUUUGGAAAAUGAGGAAAGCUGCUCGAACAGUGAGUUAUUCAGUGCCCUGGAAAAUCUUGGACUCAAUGCAGAAGACCUAGAGUUGCUGCUUCUAGAUGAAAGGAUGAUCCAGGUAGAAGUGGAACCGGACUUUAUCCCAUCUCUCAAUGAUCUUCUCACAAACAACGAAAUCCUGUCCUACGUCCAUGAUUCACUGGAGAACCAGACUGAGGACCCAACAGAGUCUCAAAACCCUUCAACUGCGUUAGAUUCUGUUGAAAACUCUAAGCCAGAUUCUGGUUCAUCUCCUCAAGUAACUUCAUCCGUACCCGCUCCUUUCUGUCCACAAAAACAGAUACCACCCAUACUUCAUCUAUCACAGCGUAUGCAACAACAUCUCAAUGGCCAAUCAGUUUGCCACAAAACUGAGAACUGGAUCCAUGCACCAUUGUCUCAAGUGCCUACAACAGACUCUGAGACAACUAACUUUAACCAGCAUGAUACUACUUUGGUGAACUCUGUACCAGUUGUGCACAGUGGACACUGGGUCCCUGAACACACGCAAGCCAAUUUAAACUCUCAACUUAGUGACAAGAUAACAGGAACUAGUAAGGCACAGCCACAGCAAUGGCAGCAAAACCAGUUGCCUGUCCCAUUCCAGUGUAAACCGAAAACAGUUGAGGGUGGUGAUACCCUUGCAAAUGGGAUCUACAGUAAUCCUCAGUGGCAUGGAUACAACUUCACAGAACAGCUGGUCGCAAAUGGACCUUGUUUUCCUAAUGGUCAGAUGGCACACACUCAGACAAUGGGUACCCAUAUUAUUGAUUACAACAUGACUGACAAUUCAGGGGUGGAUUUUACAAUGAACAGCAGUUCAUCUGGGAACCUAGGGCAGUUUCAGGGAGCUAUGGCAUCAUCUUCGUCCUAUCAGCAGGGUUAUCAGAAACAGCAGCAGCCAAAGGUCACACCCACUUAUUACGCCUCCUAUACCAAACAGAACUCCUCUCUGGAGCAUAUCCUAGGAUUAGCCCCACCUUCAAACCUUCCCUCACUGACGGAUUAUGGCUCUGAGUUGACCCAUGACAUGACCCACAGUAAGAUGGAGGCCGGCUUUCUUCUGAACUCCACUAGCGUGACCUACACCGGAAGUUGUUUGGUUCCCAAUGGCAACACAGUUGCCGCACCCGGCAACAGUCCCCACCCACUUCCUGAGCCACACCCACAUCCCCCAGACCCUCAGACCACUGGUUUCUACCUCUGAACAUAGUAAAGAUCCAUCCGAAGAGAUGCCAUCCAUCACGGGAAGACUGUCAAGCAUAAAUUAUGGUUUGUUUUUUGUUUUGUUUUGUUUGUUUUGUUUCUUUCUUAUCAACUUGAUUGAUGUUAAUUUAAAUUAAAUUGACACAGAUUGAUCACAGGAAUAUUAAACCAAUUGAAGUCGUUGAAUACUGCACCCGGCAUAAUGUGAGCACUCUCGUUAAUAUUACUUGCGAUUAUGUUACGAAAUUUCUAAAGUUGGAAGAUGCAGUUGAUUACAAUUUGCGUUGGUCUGUCCACAACAGGUGUGUGUUGGGAAAUGUUUGUGUAUAUGUACGUGUGUGUGUGUGUGUGUGUGUGUGUGUGUGUGUGUGUGUGUGCGUGCGUGCGUGCGUGCGUGCGUGCGUGCGUGCGUGCGUGCGUGCGUGCGUGCGUGCGUGUGAGUGACAUCAGUUGGGAAUCGUUCGUGAAACACGAGUAGUACAAAUUUGUGCUAAUUGUUCAGAGAGCUAAAUGAUGUAAAUAACGUCAUGCGCAGCAUAUAGAACUGAUUGUCCUGAAACGCAGUAAAUGAUGUUUAUAUGAACAGAAGAUGGGAUUGCAUAUUUAUUUAUGGAAAAAUGCAAGGUUGCUACCUUCCUUUUACCGACAAUUUAAAGAAAAAUAUGCGAGAUGUCAGUAAUAACAGAUUGCAGUAUAAAAAUAAGUGAGACUCUUCUGUAGAUGUCACUUGUAGAUCUGAACCCUUCUCGCUAUUGCAUUUUGUGAGAUUAGAUUUUGUAAAGCUGAUUCUAGAUCAGCUUUACAAAUCAACUUACCUUUUAGAUACAGGUGUUCAUGUGUGUAGUAGUUCCAGAACCAACCCAGUCUCACAACGAAUGCAUAAUGAUUUGUAGGACCUAACCAAUUGUAUACAAUCUUUCGAUUGGUUGGCUUUGUCUAAAAGUCCACUUGAACCAGAAAUAGAUUUUUAUUUCAGUUCGUUGAUGUACUUGCUACUGAAACUGAGUAUUUGGUUGGGGGCGGGGCUUUUAUUGCACAUCAUUCCCUCAUAGCAAACUAACGACGCGGUUAAGAAUAUUGUAGUUUUGAUUGAAGAUUACCUAAACAAAUGUUUACACAGAAUAAUUGUUUACCAAAAGAAUAGCAAUGUGCGUUAGCAAAAUGAACACUGUCAAUUUUGAUUUCACACUGACUUUAUUUGGAUUACAAAUCAUGCAAAUUUGUAUACGAGUGAGCCGUACGAUUAAAUUCGAUUUUUACUUGUAAAAGUUGUAUAUUUUGUACGAGCCGAUUUGUACAAUAUAUAACCGCUAUUAUUAUCUUUAACCCAUCACUUGAUUUGAAUUGUUUAAAUUGAAAUAAAAUUCAUACGUUUUGUACGUUUUGUAACCGCAGUUGAUUUGUAAACAUUGCAGUAAAUGUACAUUUUGCACGAGGCAAUAAUAAUAUUAAUAAUUCCUUACAUUUAUAUAGUGCUUUUCUGGACACUCAAAGUGCUUUACACAUUAGGGGAAUCUCCUCAUCCACCACCAGUGUGCAGCAUCCACCUGGAUGACGCGAUGGCAGCCAUAUUACGCCAGACCGCACACCACACACCAGCUGAUUGGUGGAGAGGAAACAGAGUGAUGAAGCAAUUAUGAUAUGGGGAUGGUUAGAAGGCCAUGAUGGACAAAGGCCAGUGGGCAAAUUUAGCCGGGAUGCCAGGGUUACAGCCCUACUCUUUUACGGAGGACAUUCUGGGAUUUUUAACGACCACAGAGAGUCAGGACCUCGGUUUAAUGUCUCAUCCAAAAGACGGCACUUCCUGAGCAGUAUAGAGUCCCCUUCACUAUACUAGGGCAUUAGGAAACACACAGACUGCAGGUUGAGCACCACCUGCUGGCCUCACUAACACCACUUCCGGCAGCAACUUAGCUUUCUCAUCCAGGUACUGACCUGCCGUAGCCCUGCUUAGCUUCAGUGGGCAACCUUGUGAGAGUUGCAGAGAGCUAGCUGCUAGUCAACUUGUCCAAUACGUAACUAUUGCUAACUUUAUUUCAAUUAACCAUUGUAUUGUUUUGAUUUUUUUUUUCUAAACUGGUAAAUUUCUUCAAACAUGGUUAUCUCAUCACACAAAUGUACAAACUCAUCAUGCAUUUGAAGCGAGACUGUGUUGACCAGAACUUAUCGUUAACGCAUUUCAAGAACCAUUUCAAGAGCAGGUUUGUUUUGUCUGUGAAAAGAGAUUCUGGAAGCUUAUAUUGUUGAAUGUGUCGAGUAUAUUGUAAAGCAGUUACAAAAAAAAAAAUACAAAUAUUUCAUCAGGGUGCUGCAAGGUGUUUAACAAAUAAUAUCGUUAAUUGUUAUAGUAUUAUAAAGUCACAGAGAAGAUCCAGGCCAGCCUCUUUGUUUUCGCGCUUCUUUUUUUUAAAGUACAAAUAUAUAUACCGUAUUUACAGACAUUUCUUAUGAGAGGUACCACUGGCUCAGCUAUGGAUUUGAAUUCCUUUAACACGUAUAUGAGAAAUAUUAUGACAAUCAUUUACGAAAUGUUUAAAAAGCUUGUAAAUAGUCAAAAAAAAAAAGUUAUUUCAUAUUGUUGUAAGCACUAUUUUAAAGAGCACUGCAACCUAACCAGGUUUGAUUUUUCGUUUCUCCAGCACAAGAUGUAGGCUUUUAGAAAGAUGUUUUUGGAGUAAAUAUUGUAUAAUUUUCUCUUUUUUUCAGGUAUUGUGUUCUGUUUGUAUAUUUUAAGAAGAAGUUUUACACUUUAAAUAAAGAACAUGGUGCCAUACUGGUAAACUUUACUUUCCAGAAUUUAAAUGUUGAGCUGUUUGUUUAGAAAUCAUGUCAUCCAUGUCAUGUUUUUUUUUUUUUUUAAAUCAGUCAUGUUUGAUUUUUAAAAUAAAAUAAGAAAAAUCACGUUUGGAUUUAUUUUAUUCUAACACACUGAAAGUAGCCGAGACGAUAGGUACAA